CAGCGAAUCAGAGUGUCGACUCAGGCUCUGAUAACACAAGCUGGCCUGUGAGCUGACAGGAGAGGCGGGGCGAGGUAUCAAGUAGCACGCUAGAUUGAUUGCCUUUGAAUGUUAAAGGGGAAAGAGGCUGCAGAUCUUUUUUCUGGAGUCUGAAGUGGGUUUAUUCCCUUUUGAGAAGCAGGGGGUCAAGUGAAAGACAAAGGCAAAAUGGGAGACGGCACUUUGCAGGGGAAUGGAGCCUGGAGAAGGGAGAAGAGUCCCUGCCGGUCUGUGAGGCUCGCAGGCAGUGUAUUUGAAGCUUUCUGUUGCCUUUUGUUUCCUGCUGCUCUGAGCUUGAAGGAAUAGGGCUCCUCUCUCCCUGUCGCGCUCUCUCCCCUCCUCCUCCUUCUCUCACUUUCUCUGACCAAGGAGAACGUUAAAAUGCAGCCUCCACUGCAGGGGACCCGUCACCUGGAAAUCUUAUGUGAAGGAGUGCCCCACGUGUUUCAGGAAGAAGGGAGUGCGGAGGGCUGAAGGUGACUUUUGGUUGACCUUUUGCAGAUCACCUGUGCUUCAGAUCUCAAGAUGUCUGGAGAUGGUUCGUUUAACGCUGGAGGCGAUGCUCAGCAAAGUCUGCAGUCUUUCUGGCCCAGAGUCAUGGAGGAGAUCAGAAACCUCACUGUGAAGGAUUUUAGAGUUCAAGAGCUUCCAUUAGCUCGAAUCAAGAAAAUCAUGAAGCUGGAUGAAGACGUAAAGAUGAUCAGCGCUGAAGCACCAGUUCUGUUUGCUAAAGCUGCUCAGAUAUUCAUCACAGAGCUGACGCUACGAGCAUGGAUACACACAGAGGACAACAAACGCAGGACUCUCCAGAGGAACGAUAUUGCAAUGGCCAUCACGAAAUUCGACCAGUUUGAUUUCUUGAUUGACAUCGUUCCCAGAGAUGAACUGAAGCCUCCCAAAAGACAGGAAGAAGUGCGCCAGUCAGUCGCGCCCGCAGAGCCCGUCCAGUAUUACUUCACGUUGGCACAGCAGCCAGGUGCUGUGCAGGUCCAGGGGCAACAGCAGGGGCAACAGAACACCGGCGCCACAGCCACCCUCCAGCAGGGGCAGAUUAUUAUCACACAGCCGCAGCAGGGGCAGGUGUUACAAGGAGCAGGCGUGCAGCAGUAUCAGCAGGUGCAAGUCGCACAGCCCCAGACAACGGCGUCCUCAAUGACGAGCCAGCCUGUGACCAUGCAGGUGGGAGAGGGCCAGCAGCUACAGAUUGUGCAGGCUGGGCAGGGGCAGCAGGCAGGGGCAGCCGGGGGGCAGACCAUGCAGGUUCUGCAGCAAAUAAUCACCAACACUGGAGAGAUCCAGCAGAUACCGGUGCAGCUGAACACAGGGCAGCUGCAGUAUAUCCGGUUAGCCCAGCCUGUAUCCGGGGGACAAGUUGUUCAAGGACAGAUUCAGACACUUGCCACCAACGCACAGCAGUUAACGCAGACAGAAGUACAGCAAGGGCAACAGUUCAGCCAGUUCACUGAUGGACAGCAACUCUACCAGAUCCAGCAAGUGACCAUGCCAGCAGGACAGGAGCUGAGCCAGCCCAUGUUCAUCCAGUCAAGCCAGGCAGCCGACGGGCAGGCCACACAGGUCACCACGGACUGAGCAGAGCCACCACAGGGGAGGGGCUGCCACGCAAACUGAAGCAAGAACACACGGGGCCAGAGGCAGACUCGGCGUGCUCUCUCUGUCUCGUGCUAUUUUCUGCACCAAUGUAAUUAUUGCACACAAUGUCUGCAGUAGCCUCUGGCACACUAUAGUGUUGUGCGGUUGAAACCAGAAUCUAAAAUAAGAGGAAAAACAAACACACAUUGCAAAUUAAAAAAAAAAAAAAAAAAAAAAGGUUUUAAAUUGUUCAGAACCCUGUCGCAUUUCUUUUCAAGGAAAUGGAAACAUUUAAUAACAUUGAAUGGUUUUGCUUGUAUAAAGGCACAGCUGGCAAUGUUGGUAAUAUGCACAUGUUUGUUUUUAUAUACAAAAACAAAUAUUUUAUAUAUAGCUAGCUGGUUGGUGCAUUGAUAGCAGGAAGGUGGAAUUUAGGAUUGCUGCGUUUGUAAAACUAGUGUGGAAUUGUUUGCAGAUGGGCAGUCUAACGCUUUAUAUAAUUUCUGUAUAAUCCUGCCACCUAUGGCAUGCCACUCAUUCCUCUUACUUGCACUUAAAUACAAUACUUUUCCAUCUCUCUUCUUUCCAGCAACUCUAGGAACUGGAUUUACUUUAGUGUGUACCAGGGUGGUGUCCCUCCCUCUUAUGCAGCAAACUGUUCUGAUCAUGUUUUGUAUGGGGUGCUCAACAUGUGUGUGCCUCCUGUGGCUCAAGAAAAGAUGUGUAUAUACUCAAGAGACUAUGCUUUUCUGAGCAGCCCCUUUCCCGGGCUUGUUUUGGCAAACAAGCAUAGUAGUGACCUUUUCAAACCUCCUAAAAGCACAGUAUAGUCCCACUCAAGUUUCCUGUAUUCAUGUCUGCAUGUAGGGAAUCUACCAAGGCAGUUUUAAUUUUAGACUCUGUUAGAUGCAGUGGAAUUGUUUUUCUUUCUUCGUGGAAAUAUAAAUCUCAUGCCUUUUACAGUCCAUACUAUCAGUGACAAAGACAUAUAGCAGGACAGGCUUGUAAAACUGCUGGUUAUACGUUCUUCCCAGCUAAGCAUUCUUUGCAUACCUAAUUUUGUUUUCAAGCAAAUUUCUUACUUCCUUGUGUAGUCUGUUUUAGUUUUUUUGUCAGAUUUUGCAGAAUGGGUUUAGAACACACAUUUUAAACAUUAGCGUAUAUACAUUUUUAUAACAGAAAAGGUAACCCUUUCCAAGGUAAUUCAUAACUAUUCAGAAAGUGUGUUCCAGCAGCCUGGAAAGAAAGAAAAAUGUAUUGUGCACGUAGCUGUUGAACCGUGCAGCUCAAAUAUCUGAAUUGUAACAGACAAAAAUUACAGGGAUAAAACAGACAGCACAAGGAAUUACAAAGAGUGUAUGAUGUUAGAAAUGUUCUGUAUGUCUUGAACAGUAUUCACAUCCCAAGCACUGCAGAUCUGCCUCUGCUGUGAUCCCUGGCUCGAAUCGCACCCUGCUGUGAGAGUCCUGUGUUGUGUAUUUGUGACUGUGAGAGUUCUUGAAGGUGUGUAUUCCCGCAGCCUCUCCCCCACCCCCCGUGUUCAAUAUCGUGUUGUAUAUAGAAGACUCUGUUACCUGGACCAGGCUCGAGUCAGCAUUCAGACACCUUAGUCUGUGGAAACCUUUUUUAUUAUUGUUUGUAAUUGUACUAGAUUAAAAUGUAUUUUUAUUUCAUUUUUUUUUUUUUUUGCAUGUAGUUUAAACUGCCAGCAUGUAAUGCAAUAAACUUUUUGAGAUUA